CUUAGCACAAUGCUGUGUACACAGCCCAUGUGAUGCGAUGCAACCUUCCACCAUGUGACUCUUUGCACAAUGUUUUGUCCACAGCCCAUGUGAUGCAAUGGUAAACGCUCUCCAACUGCUAUUUAACAACCCCCAUUUCCCCACCCUCCCCGUCAAAUCUCAACGCAAGCAGAAAUGGCAAGCCUCACUGUCCCUCUGUUGCUUUGUUUCUGUGGUUUGUUUCUGAGUCAAGCAGUUGCAGACUGGAACAUUCUUCACCAAAACGGGAAACACCACGCUGCAUUAUCGUUAGCCCGAAGUAGGUUGCAGAUCAGCUUGCAGAACUACUGCGAGAGCUGGAGGAUGAACGUGGAGCUCCACAACAUCCGCGACUUCAAGGUCGUCCCCGAAGAAUGCGUCCCCUACAUUGGCAACUAUGUGACGUCGGUCCAGUACCAGAUCGACUCGCAGUUGACCGUAGAGGAAUGCAUCGUCUACAUUAGCACCACCUGCAGCUUCAGGAAAGAUGGUAAAGAUGCAUGGCUGUUCGACGUGGACGACACCCUUCUCUCCACCAUCCCCUACUUCAAGCAGCACCAGUUUGGGGGGGAGAUGUUCAACGCGACUGCAUUCAAUGAAUGGGCGAGCAAAAGGAAGGCAACACCAUUGGAACACACAAUGAGGCUCUACAAAGUGCUGAAAUCAAUGGGAGUGCAGAUCUUCUUGGUCUCUAGCAGGAGGGAGGAUCUUAGAUCAGCCACAACUGACAACCUUGUUGAUGUUGGCUACCAUGGCUGGAAAAGUCUCUUUCUAAGGGGAAAUGAUGAACUGAAUGGUGGGGUGGCGCAGUACAAAGCUAACGUGAGGCAACAAUUGAUCAACGAUGGCUACAGAAUCUGGGGCACAGUUGGAGAUCAGUUCAACAGCUUUGCAGGCCUUCCAAGUGCUGGCAGGACAUUCAAGCUCCCUAAUCCUCUCUACUAUGUCUAUUAAUAACGCCUCCUAAUAUUCCCUUCCUGCUAAACCAAGGAGAUUUAUCAACAGCGAUUAGAGAACUACAAGAGCAAUUUGUCUGCAGCAUUACAUUUGAAAAAGA